AAAAUAUGAGCAUUGUGUGUGUGUCCGUGAACUGACUAGGCAAAACAGCAGUAGAAUGUCUAUGAUCUCGACGGUCCUUCUCCCACCUCCAUUCGCCAGUCUUUAUAAGUUAAAGUGACGAUUAUUAUGAUUGGAAAAUCGCCCAAAAAUCGCCAGCUUCGUCAGGUUUUUAAUCAUUUAUUUCAGAACUUGUGCAACACAACAUGCCUACUGUCCGCUGCAGCUGAACAUGAAAAGUGAAAGUAAAAAGUCCUCUCACUCUGUAAAGUCAGGCACGCGGUGCAUUCAGGUACACCACGGAAAAAUACAUCUGCCACAUUAGAACCCGAUUCAUUACAUUAUUACAGGUAUUAUCAUUAUUAUUCCUAUUUCUAUUCAUAAUUUAUUUGUUUUGCUCUGUGUAAUUGCUAUUUGCAAUAGUACCAGUGGUAUUUAUUAAGGAUUUAGUGAAAAUUUUCGGGCUGUAGAACGAAUUAAUGGAAUUAUAAUGUAUUCUUAUGGGGAAAUCCUGCUCGACAUACAGUACGAGCAUUUCGACUUACAAACAAGGUCCUGGAACGAAUUAACUUUGUAUAUACCACUGUUAUUGUAACUUAGUUUUAUUUCUGAGACUGCAUUUCGGGGUCAUCAACAAAGUCAAACUCCGCCUAUGGUUUUGAAAAACUUUUCUGUGGACUGACAGGGAAAAAAAGUUUAACACUUUUGAAAGUGAAGUGUGAAACAAAGCAUUUAGUUUAACGGCUCUGAGUUUAACACUUUUGAAGGUGAAGUGUUAAACAAAGCAUUUGAUUCAAAGAAUAUCUUUGACUUGACUCACAAGUGGUACUCUUUCUGUACUAAUCACUUUAGUUUACUGAAUUUAUCCGCAAUACAUUAAUUUUGUGAUGAUAAUGAACCCAAUUAGAUAUAUCACAAAGAUUUUAACUGGGAGGGUAGUAAUUGAUCAUAUUUCACUGCUAUUGACAGCGACAGAAUUCAUUUUAACAGUCAAAAUGGAUUGGACGUCUAUCGCUGUCGAUGGCCGUCAACGAGUUGUUAUUAUUUCAGUGACAUAAUGAACAUUUCAUGGCUCUCUCUACAAUUUGUAACACAUUUUAUAGAACAUUUAUGUGUACCUAAUGUUGUGUCCAGAUCAUGUGGGCGGGAAAAGAUCCGCCCUUUUGUACGUAAAAAUAACGUGCGGUGACGUCACGACGUUACCAGCGUAAACAAAACAUGUCGCUCAGACAGACACAAGGAAGAGAAAUGAACGGUCAAGCGGACGUCGAAGUCGACUACAAGCGAAAAUACAAGAAUCUCAAACGAAAAUUAAAAUUUCUGGUGUAUGAACAUGAAUGCUUCCAAGAGGAACUGAGAAGAGCACAGAGAAAACUCCUGAAAGUGUCGCGGGAUAAAAGCUUCCUUCUGGACCGACUGCUUCCGUAUGAGAGAGUAGAUGAAGACUCAUCAGAUUCCGAUGCGACAGUUUCUUCAGACAACAGUGAGAGCGAAGUACUGCGGGAGAGGGAACGAGAACGGGAAGGAGCGAAGAAGCGAAGAAAUAGCCCCAGCACGUGUCUGCCGCCAUCAACCUCACCUCACCUGUCCCUAUUAUCCCGUCCAGGCACACACCCACUUCAGUCUUCCGCCACUGGAACUUACCUCAAUGCUGUGGUUGCACCCAUGACCGCCAAUUACCCAUCAGGCCAGACGGCUGCUUCGGCCACUGGCGGCCCCUUCAGCUGGGUCCCCCGUCAAAUGCUCAGCGGGGACGCCGCCGAGGAGGACGGCGAGAGCGACGUCGACAGCGACAGAGGAGACGAAGACCGGGGCGAGGGGGAUGAAGCCGAGCUUGUCAUUGACAUCCCUAAUGAGUGAGCUUAUCUGGGUGUUUGCCGUAAUAUUCAGUAUGUGAGUAAAUGGACAUUAAGCUCAAAUACUGCUAUUGACAGCGAUAGAGCCAAAUCCAUUUUUAACUGGAAUGGCUGGUAUCGAAUGAUGUUUCUGUGCCGUUGAUGGCGAUAGACAUCCAAUACAGUGGAAGUUUAUUGUCGUCAAUGGCAUCUAAUGAGUUAAUUUAUAAAGUUUCCUUAGUUUCAGUAUUGUAAGAGGUAAUAUGCAAAAUUUAAGCGUGGUCAGUAUAAAACAAGUAUAUUUUUAGAGUAGCCUGUGGGUGGCGUUAAGGAGCCCUGGGUGAUGAUCAUGUUGUUUAAUUAGCAUCUUAAUAUGCAACACCAGUGAAGAGUGUGGAUCAAUUUAGCAACAAAAAUGCGCUCAUUAAUGCAGAUUUCAGAACACUAAGAGAAAUGCAUUUUUUGUGCAUUUCCAAAGUGUUGCAUUUCAGCAUUUAGUCUGCUGGCAAAGCCUCAGAUGAACGACUUGUGCCAUUCUAGGUCCACCAACUCCUAUCUUGUGUCAUCAUUUAUUUUGCUGUGAAGUGACAUCAGUGAGCACAAAUCAUGCAAAGCACACAAAAGCAUCCAUUGAUGUGCUGUACCGUCGUGUUCUGGAGUUUCAGUGUCAUAAAUCGACAAAGUUACUGUGAGGUCAAAUGUAAAAAAAAAAGUUAAUUUUAAGAGCAACUGUGGUUCGUCUAUCACCGUUAAUGGCAGCCAGUGAGUUAAGGGAUCUGAAACGGAUGAAAUUGAGAUAAUAUGAGCAUAGACUUCACUAUCAGUUGACAGGAUAGGGGGCGCGGGCCGCUCCGUAGGGGGCCUAUUUUCAAAAACUUGAAAAUAAAUUUUUUUAAAAACUAAAGCCGCUAUUGACCUAAAAUCAAAACGGGCACCUCCCUUAGGCAUAUAUGAGUCUCCAUGAGCAGCGGCAUAAAAAAAAUUGAAAGUUGUUCCCUACUAAAAUUAUUAUUAUAUUAUAAUAAUUAUUUUUGAUAAGUAUAACAAAACAUAAAAUAAUCGCCUAUAUUUUCAGGAUCAAUAGCAAUAUUUAACAUAACAUAUAGGUUUUUGCCCGAAAUAGCAAGCUAUUUUUUUUCAUUUAUUGCAAUUUUGAAAUAGGUAUUCAACAGCUAAUUUUCACAUCACAAUCUUAAUACUUGAGAAAAGCAUGUGGAAUCAGCUAAAUUUUACUCGGCAAAAGCAAAAUUUUCAUUUUCCUACAUACAAUUAGAACUUAUUUAGGUUGAAUUCCGAUGUCACUUUUGCCUCAGCACGUCUUACCGGCUAUCUGGCCCUCGUCGUUUUUAGAUUGAAAUGUUACAUAAAAUAAAACACGUAAAAGCUGAAUUGUUUUUGUAUCGAUGCAUAAAUGUCUAAAUUACUGUUUUUUUUUUUUUGCCAAAAAACGGGCAGUAGGCAGAAAAUUACCUCGUUAUUUGAAUGUAAAGUUUCGCUAUUGUGUAUGAAUACAAAAUCCAACAUGCCGGCGAUCACAAAGCAAAGAGCUUUUUAAGUUGAAAAUCUUGUAAAUAAAUGCAAGUAUCCCUGAAUUUCUAUAGAUAUGAACGUAAAACAGUCUAGAUUCUUGGUUAAAAGCAAAAAAAAAAAUAGGCAGUUAUUAUUCAUUUUAUGUAAAUAUUUCAAGCCAAAGUUACGCAAAUUUUUUUCCAUUCAUUUUUUUCACAACGUUUCAAAAUGCAUGCAUGGUGCCAUUUUAGAAAAUAAUUACCUUGAAUCCUCAACCAAAUCACUCUUGAGACACUCCUGCCUGCUUAUAUGCACUAAAAGUUUUGUCCUGUUUCCACCUAAAUCCGGCGUUAGAAUGCAGCUAGUGUUUGAGUUUAUUACAGUGAAAGCUGCCACGACACUCAACUUUGCCCGGCCCCCCACGGACUACCGUUGGGCAAUUUCUGUAGGGGCUUUCCCGUCAAUUGAUAUGAAGUCUAUGACAUGAGUUAUGAGUACAGUAUUUUUCUGACUAUAAGUCAGACCUGAGUAUAAGUCGCACCGAUAUAAAAUAUAAAGCUGGCGUAGGUGCUAUGCGUACUCCCUACGUAAGAACUCAAAGGAGCCUGAUGGCGGCUGAAACUAGACUGGGCAGUUGGCUCUGUCUUUAGAACGCUCGACUGGGUUCCUCCAUUUGGAGAGAGUGAGAAAGGACCGUUGUGGCAUCACUGUCACCAUCAGACCAGUAUGACAUACAUAAUUUUUACAAACGGAAAGUUAUACAUUUUUCCCCUUAUUUUAACGAUACAAUUUUUGCAAGCAUUUUUAAGCCAUUUUUUUGGGCUAUGUAAGCAACACUUGUUGCAAACUUUCGAUCUCAGUCCAAAUUACUACCAAAUCAAUUCUUCGUCCUUAGUGUCAGUUUUAAACAACAACAACAACUCUGGAAGUAGAGGGCACACUUACGGAGCCCUUCUCGUGACUGUCAGUGUAACAAAAAUGAAAAAUCAUUAAAGUCACAAUUGAGUAUGAGUUGCAGUGCUAGCCAAAUUAUGAGAAAACGUGUGACUUAUAGUCCAGAAAAUACAGUACUGUUUUUUAUUUUUAUACUCAUAUCUCGGCUUCCUCUCACAUCCCAAAAGCAUGAAUCGUAGGCUCAGUAAACACUCCAAAUUGUUCGAAUUGUUGUGAAUGGUUGUUUCUCACGAUGUGCGACUGGCUAGCAACCAGUCCUGUUCCAUUGUUAACCUGGGAUAGGCUCCGGCACCCCCACAAUCCUUUUGAGGAUAAGCGGUUCAGAAGAUGAAUGAAUACUCAUUUCUCCUAGCACUCUCUGUGUUUUAUUGGAACAUCAAAACCUUGUAACAUUUCAUGAGUGAAUUGAGAUUUUCAUGUCAAUAUAUCAAAUGUACCCAUAUUUUUUUUAGUCAAAUCAACUGAAUUGAAGUCUUUUCUACAGUUCAAAUCCAAGGGCUCCCUCUUGUGGAGUUUCUAACCUGGCAUGGAAAGAAACGAGGCUUGUAAACUUUUAUUAGAUUUUUUUUUUUUUUUUUUUUUGGUAUGUGCACCAAACACUGUUAAGACUGCAACAAAGCGACAUUGAUGGUAUUGGUUACAACAGUUCAAUCAUG